AUGGAUGAUGGCUAUAAAGUUAGGCCUACGAAGGCAGUGUCAUGGUGGGAAGGUUGUGACAUAUUGGGAGGAAAAGAUGAGAUAGGAGGAGGGACAUGGAUGGCUUGUUCCAAAGAAGGAAAGGUUGCUUUUCUUACCAAUGUUUUGGAGCUUCAUUCUUCUCCCCAAGCCAAAUCGCGUGGUGACCUACCUCUCUUGUUUCUUAAGAGCAGCAAGAGACCCAGAGAAUUUGCAGAAAGCCUAAAAGGAGAGGCUGAUAAGUACAAUGGGUUCAAUUUAAUUGUUGCAGAUAUUGAGUCAAAAUGCAUGGUAUACAUCUCCAACAGGCCCAAAGGACAACAGAUUAGCAUUCAGGAGGUUUCUCCAGGACUGCAUGUGCUUUCCAAUGCCAAACUUGACACGCCAUGGCACAAGACUCAACGUCUUGAAGUGAGCUUCAAAGAACAACUUGCUAAGUAUGGGAAAGGUGAGAUUCCUGUGAAGGAGACGAUGAAAAAGAUAUUGAAGGACAAAGUUAAAGCUGAGGAGAGUGGUCUACCUCAUAUUUGCUCUCUUGAUUGGGAACUUAAUUUGAGCUCCAUCUUUGUUGAAAUAGAAACACCACUGGGUCUUUAUGGGACAAGAAGCAGUGCUGCAUUAGUUGUGAGAUCAGGUGGUGGUGAAGCAAGUUUUUUUGAGGAAUAUCUGGAUGAUGGUAUUUGGAAGGAGCAUGUUACCGAUUUCUCUAUGAUGGUAUGAAUUAUUAUAUGAAAUCAUUGAGCAUCUCGCCGUGAUGCUCUUGUAU